AUGGCGACGGAGGGUGAUGUCGAUUUGGACCUGGAAGCUGACGAAAACUGUACUGGGAAGCCAGCAGAGAAGCCUCGUAAACAUGACAGUGGUGCCGCCGACUUGGAGAGGGUCACCGACUAUGCCGAGGAGAAAGAAAUAUCCAGUUCGGACUUACAAACGGCCAUGUCAGUAAUUGGAGAUCGAAGAUCGCGAGAACAGAAAGCCAAACAAGAGAGAGAAAAAGAGUUGGCCAAAGUAACCAUCAAGAAAGAGGACGUAGAGUUAAUCAUGUCCGAGAUGGAGAUUUCCAGGUUUGCAGCAGAGCGCAGUCUGAGAGAACACAUGGGCAAUGUGGUGGAAGCUCUGGUGGCUCUGACUAGCUGA